CUGAAUAUGUACACAUACCUAUACACCGUAGCCUGUCUAUCAGCUACCCGGAAGUAAAUUGGUGUUGUCAGCUCUACAAACAUCGCCUCUUCCUGUGCAUGACGGUGGGCUGCAAGCUUUAGUCAGCGAAAUGUGUCGACGUGUUUUUCUGGAGUUGAUUCCACUACUUAUUCUGCUGGAUACAGCCCGGAUACGUCCUUGUGAGUCAGCUCCGGUUCUUGCCACCAACAGACGUAUUCCUGUGGAGGGUGUCAGUUUCAGCAUCACCUGUACACUAGAAGCAGCUAUCAGUGGAACUACUCGCUUCUUCAAGGGUCCUACUUCUACCAAGGGAGGCUGCUCAUCAUCAGGCAGGUGUGGGACAGCUGUGUCAGGAUACAAUGUGAGUCUGGACAGUACAUCAAGGAUCCUGACUCUAGACAUCGCAUCAGCAGAUUCCACCAGAGACAGUGGGACAUGGACAUGUAGUGAUGGGGCUACAGCAUCUAACAGCAUAACACUGUCACAGUUUGCAGCUGUACUGGACUGGAGCUCUGUCACUUUCUCUCCACAACUGACUUCUCUCCCGUCCUCCGUGACACCGCAGAACACCAUCUCCGUCACUGUCGUCACUCCGUGUGCUGCCCCUGCCGCCGUCAUCACAUGGAGAUACCAACAGGGUGUGAGUGGUGUCCCUCCCAGCAGUACAUCUUCCACCCAGGGAUCAGGUCCAUCAGGGUGUGAGUGGCGUCCCUCCCAGCAGUACAUCUUCCACCCAAGGAUCAUGUCCAUCAGGUCAGGUCCAGCCAACCAACUCUCUGUCUGUACCAGGGAACAGUCAGACUAUCUAACUACUAUUUUGUGUUUACAGGGCGUGAGUGGCGUCCCGUCCCUCCCAGCAGUACACCUUCCACCAAGGGAUCAAGUCUAUCAGGGUGUGAGUGGCGUCCCUCCCAGCAGUACACCUUCCACCCAGGGAUCACGUCCAUCAGGUCAGGUCAAGACAACCAACACUCUGUCUCUACCAGGGAACAGUCAGACUAUGUAA